GAGAAUGGGGAAGGAAAGGAAAAAAUGUUGCAGUAUCCAUCAUUCAUGUUACAGUAUCCAUGCUCUACUCGGAUCAUUCCGACGUCGUUUUUACUCCCUGCUCAGUGGCCUCAACCUCACAGCGACGAGCUCCUCCUUGCCAUGGAGGAAUCUGAUUUCGAAGAAAAGUGCAAUGAAAUCAGAAAGAUGAACAGCAACUUAGUUGUAAUUGGGAAGACUAACAUAGACAAUGAUAAAGAAGACUUUGACAAUGAAGCAGAGGAUGAUGAUGCAGACAAUGGCGAUGAAUCAGAGGGUGAUGACUUUGAGCAGGAAACUGGUUGACAAUGCCUUGUUUGGUUUCUUAUAUCUGUAUGUGCAGUGUAUACGGUUCUAAAAUUUGCUGAAAUUUAUGUGUUGCUUUGUUCAAGUGUUUUGUACAGCCAAGGAGAGAUGAUUGGCAUUUCCCUAUAGAAAUGGGAAGAAGCUUCAUGCUUUCUGGCAGAAGAAUCAUAUAUGAUGCUUGAUUAUGUUUUUUGGGUGAUACAAAAUUUCAAUUUCUACAUUAA